CCAGGUAACUUUAUAAUAUUAAAUUAAUUCAUUAACCUCUAUUACAAAUUUAUAAGUUACUAAUUUUUUCAAAUAUGAAUUAACUAGUUACAUGGUGGAGGCUUUAUGGGAAUGAUACUCCCGAAUUGAGAAAGAUGGCAAUGAGGAUUUUGGCCUUGACAACUAGCUCUUCGGCAUGUGAAAGAAAUUGGAGCACAUUUGAGAUGAUUCAUACUAAGAAGAGAAAUAGAUUAUCUCACAAAAAGCUUCAUGACCUCGUCUUUGUCAAAUUCAAUGCAAAAUUGAAGAACAAACAUGCUGUCAUAGAUAGAGAUCCUUUGUGCGCCUAUGAUGAUGAGGAAAUGGUCUCUGAAUGGUUGAUGGGUUCAAACGGGGAUGAUAGCGAUGAUGAAGUAUUUCCGGGAGAAUGUUUGACUUUUAGGCAAGUUGGUGACAUUUCAGGAGCUAAUCCAAGAAAGCGAAAAAGUGCACGAACGCAAACCUAUAAAAGAAAGAAAAUGUCGAUAUCAUCUUCUUCGAAGGGGAAGGAGCCGGUGGAGGAUGAUGAGGAAGAAGAUAUUGAGACAUCCUCGGAGUCGAAUGAGGAGGAUAUUCCUACUCUCGAUUUUGAUGAGGAUUGAUUAUAGUCAUCUUA